GGCCGCGCAGCGCCGCGCAGCUCGACGCAGCAUGGCGACCCCUCCGGACAGCCCCAUCGAGGAGGUGGUGUUCGAGCUCGAGCCGACGCGCGCCCCCAAGCACCGGCCCGUCGCCCUCGAGGACCUCUGCCGCCAGACCAAGUUCACGCGGCAAGAGAUCCGCGUCAUGUACCGGGGCUUCAAGCAGGAGUGUCCGGACGGCGUGGUUCAGGAGGACGCCUUCAAGGACAUCUACGCCAAGUUCUUCCCGCACGGCAACUCCAGCUUGUACGCGCACUACGUCUUCAAGGCCUUCGACGUCAACUGCAACGGCGCCAUCACCUUCAGGGACUUGCUGGUCACGCUGUCCACGCUGCUGCGGGGCUCCAUCUACGAGAAGCUCCGCUGGACCUUCAAGCUGUACGACGUCAACGGGGACGGCUGCAUCACGCGCUCCGAGCUGGCGGAGAUCGUGGUGGCCAUCCACGAGCUCAUGGGCAGGAGGGCCAGCCAGCGGGCCCUCCGCAGAAGCGGUGCCGACGCGCAGGCUCAAAUGGAGGAUGACCGGAAGUGCCGAGAGCAAGUGGACCGGGUGUUCCGGAAGCUGGACCUGAACCAGGACGGCGUCAUCACCAUAGAGGAGUUCAUCGAGUCUUGUUUGAAGGACGAGAUCAUCACGCAGUCCAUGUCCAUGUUCGACACCUCGCUGUGAUCCGAAGAGGCGUCGCCCAUGGCGGUGCCGGCCAGCCUGGUGGCGCACCUGGGCGACCUCACGCUGUCGGACUCGGACGGCGACUCCCGGCGCGGCCUUGGCACCUUCCAGGGCACCUUCCAGGUG